GAGCGCGUCGUGACGUCACCGCGCCGCCUGUCGGUCCGGAGAGCGUUAGCUAUCUAGCUGCAGUUAGCAUGUUAACAUGUUCACAAAACUCGAUAACAUGUUCAUAAAGAUCGUGAAAUAUGUCGCAGGACGUGAAGGAUGUGAGUGUGUAUUUCCGUCCGCUGCUGGAGGUCAGAGACGUGGUUCUCCUCACACACACAGUCCUGCAGGAGUUUCCCAGCAGAGUCCUCCCCCAAUUCAAACCCUGGUUCCCGUCAGCGUCUGACGCCCACAGACCCAUCAGACCCCUCAAACCUGCUCCUCUGAUCUCCUCCGAGGAUCUGCAGAGCUUCUGGCUGCGUCUGGAGGAACCGGCGGACACUUCAGACCAGAGGAAACCGGCUGAGAGCGAAGCCAAGAGAUUCAAACGCUCGUGGUGCGUGAUCGCAGACAGAAGCGCGCCGCUGAAGAUCGCACGCUCCUUCUCAAGACUGUUCCGAAAGACCGUGGAGAAACACGCACUGCACCUCCGUCAGAGAGUCAAGUGGGUGGUGUGUGAGCGGAACUGUGGCUCUCGCGGCAUGGAGGAGCUUUGGCUGGAUCUGAACCGAGCCAUCAGACGCUCACGACUGCCCACAUGCAACGCUAACUACCAGAGAGCGCUGGCUCAGAUCUGGCUCUACUGCGACGUCUUCUACUCUGAAUAUAUUGGGAAUUUCUUGAAGCAGGAGUUCCAGCUCUCAGGACAGAUCACCCUAACGGGCCAUAAACUUGGAGACAUCGUUAAGUUAUAGCUGUGAGAUGAUUUGUAUUUAUUAUUAGGCGUUAAUGAACCUGUUUUUAUAUGUCAUGCAUUUUACACGUGUAUUAAAGGUGCUGUGGGUUUCACAUC